GGCGCCAUCAUGUGAUGGGAGGGCUGGGCACAGCCGCCACCGCCUCCCGCCGUGCUGCCACCGCCGCGGCGGGGAAGAGGUUUUUGGGGGAGAAGCCGGAGCUCGCCCCGCUGUUGGCAGCCCUGAGGCAUGGGGCUAGCUCCGAGGAGGUCUCCCCAGGGCUCGUCCAGGCGGUGAGGGGCAAGGGAGGGCCUGGCGGGGCGGCCGGAGGAAGCGCCCGGAGCUGAGGCGAAAGGACAGGGAGGCGCCCGGGGCUGAGAGGGCUGCGCUGCACCGGGGGCGCGUUUCGGACGGCUCCUGCGAUCUUGGACGGGGUAUUCGGGCCAAAAAGGCACCCCACGGCCCGAGGAGGAGUGGGGGAGACGGAAUUUAAAGCCCAGUCCUGUUCCAUCGGGAUUACAUCCUGUUACGCCCCGCUGGGCUCCACACGACCGGACGGUCAGGCUCCUGGGUGCUGUUAAUGGAGCAGCUGGUUUUCUUCAAAUUCUUCUUCAAAUAACCUGAAAUCUAACGGUCAGAAACAGACUACAGGACCUGUGCUACGUGUUCACGUCCAGCUCCGCAAUGGUUGAUUUUCUUGCUGAAAAUAAUCUCUGUGGUCAGGCAAUUCUUCGGAUUGUCUCCUGUGGAAAUGCCAUCAUUGCAGAACUCUUAAGACUCUCAGAAUUUAUUCCCGGUGUUUUCAGGCUGAAGGACAAGGCUGAUCAACAGAAGUAUGGAGAUAUCAUAUUUGAUUUCAGUUAUUUUAAGGGGCCUGAGGCAUGUGAAGGCAAACUGGAAGCCAAACCUGAGUUACUGGACUUAGAUGAAGAAUUUCGUGAAAACAACAUUGAAAUUUUGACAAGAUUUUAUCUAGCUUUUCAGAGUGUACAUAAAUACAUUGUAGAUUUGAACAGAUAUUUAGAUGACCUCAAUGAAGGAAUUUACAUUCAGCAAACAUUAGAAACCGUCCUCCUUAAUGAAGAUGGAAAACAACUUUUAUGUGAAGCACUCUAUCUAUAUGGAGUCAUGCUACUGGUCAUUGACCAAAAAAUUGAAGGAGAAGUCAGAGAAAGAAUGUUGGUUUCCUACUACAGAUACAGUGCAGCCCGAUCCUCUGCUGAUUCCAAUUUAGAUGAUAUCUGUAAAUUGCUUCGAAGCACUGGGUACUCGAGCCAACCAGGAGCUAAAAGACCUCCAAACUACCCUGAGAGCUACUUCAGCAGGGUACCCAUAAGCGAAACAUUCAUCAGCAUGGUUAUUGGCCGCCUGCGGUCAGACGACAUUUAUAAUCAAGUUUCUGCCUAUCCUUUACCAGAACACCGCAGCACUGCCCUGGCUACUCAGGCUGCUAUGCUCUAUGUGAUUCUGUACUUUGACCCUUCUAUUCUUCACACACAGCAAGCAAAAAUGAGAGAGAUAGUGGACAAAUACUUUCCAGAUAAUUGGGUUAUUAGUAUUUACAUGGGAAUCACUGUAAAUCUGGCAGAAGCAUGGGAGCCCUACAAAGCUGCUAAAACCGCCCUCAACUACACGCUGGAUAUUGCAAAUGUCAAAGAGCAGGCAAGCAGGUACGCUGCGGUCACUGAGCGCGUGCACACUCAGGUGCAGCAGUUUCUCAAAGAGGGCUGUCUAAGGGAGGAGCUGGUGCUGGACAAUAUUCCCAAGCUGCUGAAUUGCCUACGAGACUGCAAUGUAGCAAUCCGCUGGUUGAUGCUUCACACUGCAGACACAGCUUGUGAUCCAAAUAAUAAACGUCUCCGUCAGAUAAAGGAUCAAAUUCUAACAGACUCGAGGUACAAUCCCAAGAUCCUUUUCCAGCUUCUUCUGGAUACAGCUCAAUUUGAAUUCAUUUUGAAAGAGAUGUUCAAACAGAUGCUGUCAGAAAAACAAACAAAAUGGGAGAACUAUAAAAAAGAGGGAUCUGAAAGGAUGACUGAACUUGCUGAUGUCUUCUCAGGAGUUAAACCUCUUACAAGAGUAGAGAAAAAUGAAAAUCUUCAGGCUUGGUUCAGAGAAAUCUCCAAGCAAAUCAUGUCUCUCAACUACGAUGAUUCCACUGCAGCAGGCAGAAAAACUGUGCAGCUCAUACAGGCACUGGAGGAGGUCCAAGAAUUCCACCAACUGGAAAAUAAUCUGCAAGUUUGCCAGUUUCUGGCUGACACCCGCAGAUUUCUUCAUCAGAUGAUCCGAACUAUCAACAUUAAAGAAGAGGUCUUGAUCACCAUGCAGAUAGUUGGUGAUCUUUCUUAUGCUUGGCAAUUAAUUGACAGCUUUACAUCUAUUAUGCAGGAAAGCAUAAGAGUCAGUCCAUCUAUGGUAACUAAACUCAGAGCUACUUUUCUAAAGCUUGCUUCUGCUCUUGACUUGCCACUUCUCCGCAUCAAUCAAGCCAACAGUCCUGAUCUUCUCAGUGUAUCACAGUAUUAUUCUGGCGAGUUGGUUUCCUAUGUAAGAAAGGUUCUACAGAUAAUUCCAGAAAGCAUGUUUACUUCUCUUCUCAAAAUUAUAAAGCUUCAGACUCAUGAUAUUAUUGAAGUGCCCACUCGCCUUGAUAAGGAUAAGCUACGAGAUUAUGCUCAGCUUGGACCACGAUACGAGGUUGCCAAGCUAACCCACGCAAUUUCAAUUUUCACUGAAGGUAUCCUCAUGAUGAAAACUACUUUAGUUGGUAUCAUCAAGGUGGACCCAAAACAGUUACUAGAGGAUGGAAUAAGGAAGGAGCUAGUAAAACGGGUAGCUCUAGCCCUUCACAAGGGACUCAUCUUUAAUCCUAGAGCCAAGCCAAGUGAACUGAUGCCCAAAUUGAAAGAAAUGGCAGCAACAAUGGAUGGAUUCCAUCGAUCGUUUGAAUAUAUCCAGGAUUAUGUCAACAUAUAUGGUUUAAAAAUUUGGCAAGAGGAAGUGUCUCGUAUUAUUAACUACAAUGUGGAACAGGAGUGCAACAACUUCUUAAGAACAAAGAUUCAAGACUGGCAAAGCAUGUACCAAUCUACUCAUAUUCCUAUACCAAAAUUCACACCUGUAGAUGAAUCUGUAACUUUUAUUGGUCGGCUUUGUAGAGAAAUCCUGAGGAUCACAGACCCAAAAAUCACGUGUUAUAUUGACCAAAUGAACACCUGGUAUGAUAUCAAAACUCAUCAGGAAGUAACCAAUAGUCGCCUCUUCUCAGAGAUCCAAGACACUUUAGGUACCUUUGGUCUCAACGGUUUAGACAGGCUGUUAUGUUUCAUGAUUGUAAAGGAGCUGCAGAAUUUCCUCAGCAUGUUUCAGAAAAAUAUAUUACGAGACAGGACAGUACAGGAUACCUUAAAAGCACUUAUGAAUGCUGUCAGUCCUCUCAAAGGAAUUAUAGCAAACUCAAACAAGGUUUAUUCUGCAGCAAUUGCAAAAACUCAGAAGAUCUGGACACCAUAUUUGGAAUCCAUAAUGAAGGUUGGUCAGAUGCAGAUUUUAAGACGGCAGAUUACCAAUGAGUUAAAUUAUUCCUGCAGGUUUGACUCCAAGCAUUUGGCUGCUGCAUUGGAAAAUCUCAAUAAAGCAAUACUGGCUGAUAUAGAAGCGCAUUAUCAGAAUCCAUCACUGCCUUACCCUAAAGAAGACAACACUCUUCUGUAUGAAAUCACAGCUUAUCUGGAAGCAGCUGGCAUUCACAAUCCUUUAAAUAAGAUCUACAUCACAACAAAACGUCUGCCAUAUUUUCCCACUGUCAACUUCCUAUUCCUGAUUUCACAGUUUCCAAAACUUCAGUACAACAAAAAUUUAGGAGUGGUGUGCAAACGGCCGGCUGAUCAAAUUGACUGGCUUCCUCUAGUGCUGGGACUCCUUACCUUGUUGAAACAGUUUCACUCGAGAUACACAGAACAAUUUCUGACUCUCAUCGGUCAGUUUAUUCGUUCAACGAUGGAGCAGUGCACAAGCCAGAAGAUACCAGAAAUGCCUGCUGAUGUGGUGGCUGCCCUCAUGUUCCUGGAAGACUACAUUCGCUACACAAAAUUACCAAGAAAGGUCGUUGAAGCACAUGUGCCUAGCUUCAUUUUUGAUGAGUUCAGAACUGUGCUGUGAAAAUGGAGAAAGACCAAGGCUCUUCCCCAAGCCUGAAACAAGGAACUGAGGAUAGGCCAAGCUUUUCAGAACUGUAUCUUUUCUGUGCUUUGAGGCAAUACCUGCAACUGUCACUACGAAAUAUAACCAUCAGCACAAGUCUAUAUCAUUAACACUUGUUUAAAUCUUGGCGUGAAAUGCAAACCAUAUCUCAUCCAAACUGUGUACAUUUUGUACUGCACAUUAUAAAUGCUGUAUGUAAUUGUUUACGUAUAAAUCAUUUAGUUUUUUGUUCUGAAUAACUAUUUGUGGAAGUUGGAUUUUUGUAUCACAAACGAGCAAGGAAAUUGGAAAUAAAGGUAUCAGAUUCUUUGCCAGGA